AUGUCCUUGGCCUGGAACUCCUUGGUGGACUCUGGGCUCUGCAUCUUGGCGACCCGGUCGCCCUCUGAGAGGGGCUUCCGCGCCUAUCGAAAUUGGCCAGAUGGGUGGCAUGAGGAGCGGUUGGCCAACAAAGGCGUUCUCUGGGCCUUCUGGGGUGGGCCCCAACAAGGGAUGCUGGUUUUGAACACCCAUUUAUCCACGAGAGGGGCGGUAAAGCGAAAGCAGCUGGAGGAACUGUCCUGCCUUUUUGCAGAACUGCGCAGCAAGUUCCUCGCGUUCUCCACAGUGCUGGAGGUUUACAUCUGUGGGGACUUCAACAUGGAUUCUCGCAGGGACGAUUGUUUCAAAGCGUGGUACGAGGAGCUCGGUCUGCAGCUCUUGACCACACAGAAGCCGACAUGUGGAGGGGGCGGAGCUGCUUUGGACCACAUCUUCCUCUGGCGCUCCGAUGGCAAGAAGAUCGCGACGGAGGUCUCUGAUCCGAUAAAGCCCUGGGUUGGGGACUUCUGCCGGCAGGCGAGAGAUGACCUCUCAGAUCACUGCUGGCAGGGGCUUCUCGUGCGGUAG